AUGAACACUGUCGAACAAGGAUCCAACUAUCUGUCUCGUGAGCUCCUGCAGUCGACUGCAGGGUUCUUUCUGCCGGUGACCAGCCUGAUCGGCUUUUCUCUUCUCGGUAUCAUCUUCCUCCACCGAUAUAUCAAAUAUCGUCAUCUGAAACAAGCACACACCAUCCCAACAUCUGAAUUCAAACAAGAACAAAGAGAGCAAGACGUCUGGCUCCAGUCUAUCACCAUGGAAAAAGGAGACAUCAUCUCAACGGACUCGCGUCCUCCAUCUGCAUGCGAUAUCCUACAACCUCUGUCGCAUACAAGCCUCCUCCCAAGCAGUGGAGAUCUCGCUGCACAGGCCAGGGAGCAGCAAAGUGUGAAAUCGGCGUCUGCACCAAGUAGUCCUGCAUCUUCGAAGGCUUCUUCGCCUGAUGCGGGCGAGGAGGUGCAAAAACGCAGUGAAUCGACCCAGCAAAUGUGUGAGGAGGAUGUCGAGGGACUGCGGACUUGGAAGCGUGUUGUUGUUGAGUAUAGAUAG